AUGCGCAGACGAACAAAGACUCGAAAAGAGAUGGGUUCUGAUGUCUAUAAUAUUAUUCCGUUGUCUCGGAGGGUUUAUUGGAUCAGAGAGAAUGAAAAUUGGGAUGUAAACCCUUUUAUCUAUCUGAUUUAUGGGGAAAAAAGAAGUAGGGACUUCUUAGAAGCGAACUUUCUUUAUGGACACUGAUGUGGUAAAAACGGUGAAUGCCUAAAGGUCACCAAAACGGGUGUAAGAAAGGGUUUGGCUCCCUUGAAGGGCCAGAUCGGUAAAAAUUUUUGUAGGUAUUGUAGAUAACGGAACUGGGACGAUUGGGGAAAAAGACGAUUGGGGAAAGGGACGAUUGGGGAAAAAGACGAUUGGGGAAAAGUACGAUUGGGGAAACCGAAAAGUAUUAUUUUUCUUCCAUGCAAAUGUCGAAGUUAGGAUAAUCGAGGGUGCUCAUUUCGAAUAUCGGGUUUAUUUUUUCUGAACAUUACUAGUUUUCCUUAAGUAGUACUGUUAAGUACUAAUUUUUUAAAAAUUUUCGAAAAAUACUGGAUUUAGGGGAUUUCGAAGGUGCUGGUUUCGAAAAUCAUGUUCAUUUUUUCCUCUAGUACUAUAUAGUACUAUUCUGAUACUAUAUAGUACGAGGUCAAAAUAUGGCUUUUGACGUUAAUGGUGUUGUUUUGAUGCUUAGUACUCUUCAAAAACACGUUUUAAAGACUUGGUGCUAUAUAGUACUACCUGAUACUAUGUAGUACGAGGUGUAAAGUUGGCCUUUAGGCGUUCGUGGUGUUGUUCUGGUGCUUAGUACGCCUAUUUUUACUUCGUACUACAUAGUAUCAGACAGUACUAUAUAGCACCAAGUCUUUAAAACGUGUUUUUGAAGAGUACUAAGCAUCAAAACAACACCAUUAACGUCAAAAGCCAUAUUUUGACCUCGUACUAUAUAGUAUCAGAAUAGUACUAUAUAGUACUAGAGGAAAAAUGAACAUGAUUUUCGAAAUCAGCACCCUCGAAAACCCCUAAAUCGAGUAUUUUUUUAAAAAUUUCAAAAAAUUACUUUUUAACACUACUGCUUAAGGAAAACUAGUAAGUUUCAGAAAAAAUGAACAUCAUUUUCGAAAUCAGCACCCUCGAAAACCACUAUAUCGAGUAUUAGGUUGAUUCAAAAGUUUUUCCACAUGUCUUUAAAAAAUUUUAAAAAAUUUAGACCAAAGCCAGUGGGCCUGAUAUAUAUCUUGUUAGAAAGAAGGCUGUUUGUAGAUUAUAGUAGAUUAAUAACUUUUUACAACUUAGCAAUUUGUAGUAGUAGCGCCGUGUUAAACCUUAACUACUCGAAGGAAGAAAAAGUAAACCGCCGGCGUUACGUCUAGAGUGGCUGUAUCUUCUUAAUAUUCUCGAAUAUGGUAUGCCUGUAUGUAAUCUCUAUGGCAUCGAGGACAAUUUGCUAUAGGGCUAGUCGAAAAAUUUUUAGUGCGAAAAAUCAAAAAUUAGGGUCUGGCAAAAGUAGACCCUGUAGACGCAGCUAUUAGAAGCACUAAGAGAUAACGCUUUCUGUUAUUGUAGUGUAUGAGUAGCACUACAACGCCAAUGCUAAACAUUCGCGCUAGCUUUACCUAUGCGGCAGAAAAAUCGAAUCUUUUUAAUCUACCAAUAUUUUACGAAAUUUAGGGGAUUUUUACAAAAACGUUUUCUGUUCAUUACUCUUGCCCGGUAUCCUAGUUAUUUAAUAAAUAAUUGAUCCUACUUGACAUACACUAUCAGUUGCUAGACGCGCUAAGCUGAAGGUCCUCUUGAAAUACCAGUAAAAAAAUUACAAAAAUUCGCCUAAAAGUGCAGUUUAUGAUACUUUUCUACCUUAUAAGGCAAUUUCAGUUGGUGACUUUUUGAAUGUAUCAUCCGCAUACUGUCUUUGUACAACCUGAAUGGCAGCCGAGUCAAAAAAAUCUAACUCCUUUCAAAAAAUUUUUAAAAAUCUGCUUUUGAUCGGUAGCUCGGCUCUCCGGCCAACUUUAUGGGAUGCUACAAAAAACGUCAGUGUAGAUAUAAGUAGAGCAAUAAAUUCAGAAGAAACUACAGCCAUCCCCAGUACGAAUAACCCAAAACCCGAGACUUUUUAGUGGGCUGGAAAAUUGCUAGGGCCCGGGAUAUUCACCAUGACACAAACGGAGAAAUUUUUAGUAUUUUUGAAAUAUUCUGAAAGGAAGCUUGUAUAAAAUAAAAUGCUACGAAUCAAAAAUUUUGCAAUGUUCUGCCCCAUACAUCUAUGCUUUCAGUUUUAACGUACAUUCAAUCAGGCUCCAGGAAUUUUAUUUUGAGGUGUCUCAAAAAAAUGUGGAAAAACUUUUGAAUCAACCUAAUAUUUAUGAAAAAAAAUGAAAAAUUACUACUUUACAGUACUACUUAAGGAAAAAAGUAAGAAUCAAAAAAAUGAAUGUCAUUUUCGAAAUGAGCACCCUCGAUUAUAUCCUAACUUCGACAUUUGCAUGGAAGAAAAAUAAUACUUUUCGGUUUCCCCAAUCGUACUUUUCCCCAAUCGUCUUUUUCCCCAAUCGUCCAACUCCGGUAGAUAACAGACUGGACCUGCUCUAAAAAAUGGCAUUAGUCGUUUGUCAACACAUUAGUGCCCAUAAGGGAGCUUUCCUUGCUAGUGUUGCACAACAAAAUGAAUUUGCAGGUGUUUUAAUUGAUACCGGAGCAGGCUCUGGAGACCUGCUAACAUUCGUAAGAGAGCAAACUCAGGUUAAGGAUGGUAGUAUUUUGGUUCUCAACACUGCGAAUCUUGCUCAUCAGGUAAUUUCUCCCAACUUAAGACAUAAUUUUAUUAGACUGGAGCCAAUCAUUUAUUUUCGGCCGUUGGAAAAAUGGGAAAAAGUCAUAAAAUCGAGGAUCUGUGUGCUUCAUCGGCCAACAAAAAGUAUUCCGAGACGAAAACAAAUGCUCAAUGGGAGGUGAAGAACUAUCGAAUAACCAGGUGGUUGGACGACAAUGAACGGAUUUACUUGAAUGAUGACUUGUAUCUUACAGUAAUCCACACUCCCGGGAUUACUCCAGAUUCCAUGGUUGUUUGGUUUGAAGCUGAGAAUCGACUCUUUACGGGACAUCUUUACUAUCAGAUAGAGCCCGUGCGCUUAGCUUUUGUCGGAUCCGAUAUAAAACAAUAUGUGAGGUCAUUCUCGAAGGUCCUCGAUCUCAUACAAGAUCAAAUCCAACCUUCGUGUAUUAGAUACAGUGCAGUUUUAUACGAUUCUGAUGAGCCUUGCCAACCAACUUUCAGGAUUUUCAGGAGAUUUUUGUUUUCGAUUAUUGCUGGAAUCAUCUCUCCUAGUGGUUUGUAAGUAACAUGAAUGAGAAGAAAAUAUAGUUUUUAGAGAAGCUUUUGGGAAUGUUGUAUUCGAAUCAGUGGAUAAACUACAGAAAUUGGAACUGAACAGAGACUCUUUUGAAAUUCUGAGGAAAGCUCAAACCAUAAGUCAAGCCCUAAAAUAA